AUGCCCCGCAGACCCCCUCACAUGCUCGUCAUCCCGACGCCCGGAGCUUCGCCCCGCGCACCACUCGCGCUCACCUGCCGCGACCCGCGCUGGCUACGCGCGCGCGUCGCCAUGGCCACUGCCGCCUAUGCGCGCCCUUGGCCCCGCCCGCUCGCGGACGCCUUAGUCAUCGCCCGCGCGUGGCCGUCCCUGUCGACGGAGCUCCAAGCCACAGCCACAUCGCCGCUCGCCUCGCACCCGCGCAGCCCUCCUGCUCCUCCUCUCCUCCCACGCGCGGCCUGCUGCUUCUACAUCAGCUGCUGUCGCCGUUCGUCCAGCCCCGCCCCGGCCACUGCCUUCCAGCGCCGCGCCGCCCGCCCUGCUCGCGCCGCUCGUCGCUCCGCGCUCACGCUCCCCUGCCGCCCCCGCGGCGCCUCUGCGCCGGUCGCCAUCGCCGGUCGCGGCUCCUGCCCAACGGCGCCCGCGGCCCGCUCCCCGGCGCUCGCCUGCGCCGCGCCCCGGCGCCGCCCCGCCGUGGCUUCGCCGCCGCCGGGAACAGCCCCGACCGGCCGGCCUCGCCUCCCUCCCCCCCGCGUGAUGGGCACCUGGGUGCGCCCCUCACCCACACGCCCGUAG